CACCGCUGUCAAGCUGACGCUGACAUUUUUCCUUUACCCUUUACCGCUAAAAAUGUGCCGACGUAUGGAGUCUGGAGUGGCUUGGAACAAUUAAUAUAGGUAGAAGAGUUCCAGUUUCUGGCACCCAUGUUUCAAGAUUGAAGUGGGUUAAAAAAAUACAGGUGAGUACCUACAUGUCAUUGAUUCUGAUAAUAUUGUGAAGUUGCUCAGGGCAUUGAUUAUGUUUCACUUAAAUCUUUUUGAUACUACUAUGGCAAAAACAAGUAAGAAAUAGACACGAAAGUGCCUAUAUCCUUAUUGCCAAAAUUAAUACAUAUUGAAUGUAAGUCAUUCAUAUCCCCCAUCCACGAAAUUUCAUCGAUUCGCAAAAAAUCCCAGUCACAGGCAAUUAUGAUACAAUGCCUGUGGAUUAGCUUCCAGUACAAAAUCUGAUAACUAUGUUUGCGAAGACCAGUUUGUACUAUCUGAUCAUGUUUCCCUUCAGGAUCCCUAUUCACGUUUGAACUGUCUUGUAGUUCCAAAAGAUGUUGAUGGUCAAAUUCUAAGUUAACCCAUUAGUCAUUCUGACAUUGCAGUUUCAUUGAAGGAAUGCUCUGCUUCGGCAGCAAGCCAUGUAAAUUGCCUGCCAAAAGAAGUACCAAAGACCUGACAGAUGUAAGUACAAUUGAACACGAUCACUGCUAUUCUAAGCCAGAUUUUUGUGGUACAGACUUAUUAUCAAGAUAAAUAUACAUUUCUGUCAGACACUUCGAGUUCAUGGCUUACACAAUUAGAAGUAAGUAAAAGUCAAUUAACAGAAAGGGAAUCUAAAAUGUUCAAAUUCGCCGCAACAUAAAGUGAUGUUAACAUCCCCCAAUGCCCUACAUGUGGGGAAGCACUGUUCUCUGAUGAGUUGACCCCCUUACAGUUGUAUGCUCAUUUCAAGGAACAGGACAACAAGCAGAGGCUGACAUACGCAAAUGACAAACUAAGUCAUCUACUAGAUGUUUUCCAUGUAAAACUGUAUAGUUGUUUGGAUAAGUUUGCCCAUUUGCCUAAUGAUCAAGCCUCCUUCAAAACAGGUCUGACACAACUGCUUGAAAAUUUUCAGCCUUGCAAUUUUCAUGAUGACCUCAAAAAUAUCAUUAACAAAUGCAUCAGACUGACAAUCUUCUAGUAUAUUAAACAUAAAAAUUCUUUGAAAAGACCUCUUGAAACAUCUGAUGGUCAUUCAAGGAAAAUGAAAAAGUUGAAUGCCACCAGGUAAAUCAUUUUCGAAUAUUUGCUGCUGGUUUUUUAAUCAUUUCAUGUACGUACCUCCAUGGAUGAACCAUCAUAAACCCGGCUGUGACAUACCUGACCAGGACAUUUUUACCAUAUUGUGAUAGAAUUGUUUUAUUUUAUUUUUUAGAAUUGUAUGUUGAGUUAUUAAAUUACUAUAUAUGGCCUGUACCAUGUACAUACAGGCUUUACUCAUGUUAAAUAAAUGUAAAAUUUUGCAAAUUAAUGUUUAUUCAGAAGUAUAAUGAUAUGUUUGAUUAACGAAAUCUUGUACCCUUUACAUACAGAUUUCACAAUAUUUUUCUUAUUGAAUUUUUGUCGAGUGUGGUAUCAUGGGUUUUUUGUAGUUUCCUUAUGAUCGUAAUCAUAAACCCCCAUGGGAGGUUCAUUGCACUAUAUUUCAAAUGCACCACAUUACGUUAUCUACCAGAAUAAAGUUAUUUUCCUUAUGAUCGUAAUCAGAAACCCCCAUGGGAGGUUCAUUGCACUAUAUUUCAAAUGCACCACAUUACGUUAUCUACCAGCAUAAAGUUAUUUUCCUAAUUAUAUUGUUUUAUUUAUUACUCUUGAACGAACCCAAUCACAAAUACACGUGAGGUGUUUGAAUUGUUUUUCCUAAUGCAAAAUUAAUUUUUGUUAUCAGAAAAAACAACCAAAUAAAGAUGACAAUGAGUGACAGAUGUGGUGAGAAGUAGGCAACCAUGGGAGCAUCGCCGUAUGUCAUUGUAAGAAACAUGGCGGCAUAUGUCAUUUCGUCGACUUGUUCCGAGUAGGCAAGCGCUCUUUCUGUGUCAUAUUUGUUCUUUCACCACGACAACAUGGCGACAUUCGUGUUGCUGGUUACACCGAGUUAGCAUUCUUUCAGUGUAUAAUUUGUGGUUUGUUUUUCUCAACGGUUUUAACCUAAACAUUUGCCAAAAAUUCAAAUCCAAAAAUUACUUUUAUCAACAGGUUACACAUUCUGACGUGCAUUUGUGAGCUAAAAUAAUCAGUUAAUACAAACAUGAAACGUGCCUUGUUUUUAAUAGUACAUUUAAGCGUUCUUUUCAAAGUUCAAUCCGGAUUUUUGGAUUAUGUUCCUGGUUUUGCCAGUCUUUUUGGCGGCAAUGAGGAAAAAACCGAGUUAUACAAGUCAGAUGCCUUCGAUAAGAAAAUUCCUUAUGAAGUCUCUAUGGUGGACGAAACAUUCAUCAAGGAAGCUGCAAAACUAACUGGUGUAGCAUUAUCUGAACUCGACUCAUGUCAGCAAAGGGUUGUAUUCAAGCUUAAGUCGGACUGUGAGAAAAUGAAUGAUGAACAACUAGCUAAAAUGGCAGUACAUUUGCUUAACUGCCAAUCAUAUGUUGAGGGGCGACCAACAUACGCAUGUUCGGAUGAGAUGAGUAUUAGAGACUGUACCAAACAUAUGGACUCUGAUACUUGGACAAGCUACCAUCUUAUGAGCAAUAGAGCAAGAGCUGUUUUCAAAAAUUGCAAUAUGAAGCUUGUUGUUCCACUGAUCAAUGCAAGAUGGUCACACCUAAAAUGUUUGGUUCAAUUCCGUGGACUAGCUGAACAUACAGUAAAUCGACUCAUGGACGCUGCGCAAGAUCAACUUAGAACUCUCAGAAAAGUUGUAACUGAUCAAGAAAAACUCCAGGACAUUGCUGAAUAUACCUUCGAUACUUUGACUAAAGGCCAAGAAACUAUUUCAAAGCAGCAACAAGACCUACAAAAAGCUCAGUUUCAUGGACAGCUGGUCAUAGAGGACAACAUCCAAAGGUUAGUAGAUGAGAAGAGAUUGUUACUAGAAACACAUGGUGUUCUGGUAAAGAUGAGUGAAAAUGUACAGGCAAAGUUAGAAUGGUCACUCCAACAGGUUGAGCACCAAACAGAUGAGAGCAAAGUUAAUCAUGCAGAGCUUUUGAAAGAUCUUUUGGAGAUUCAAAGAAAAGCUAAGGAGAUAUUUGAAAAAAUUGAUGAAUCUUCAGAGCUAUUGGUCAAACAAAAUGAAGAAUUCAAAAAACAAUAUAACUUGACCUUAAGCAGCUUGAGGGAAGUUAAUGAAACGAUACACACUUUAGUCAGCUUAGUUGGAGGAACUAGAGACACUCUUGAAGAAAAUUCAAGGACUAGUGUGUCUAUCCAUUUCAAGAAUGCAGAUAUCACCAAAAAAGGCAUUGGACACGAUUAAGGGAAAACUAACACCAAAGAUAACUCCGUCAAAGGAAGUUAAUUGUUCACCAAGAUUUGCAUCCCAGGAAAUAUCUUCAGUGGGGGCAAAUUCUAAUUUGCGCAGUUAUGUGCAAGAGUCUAGAAUAUACAGUCAGACUAGUAGAAAUGAAAUCAUGCGCAGUUGCAACCAUAACACUCAGCAAGUUGAAGAACCUGAAGAUUACAAAAAUGAAAGCACGUAUCAUUCUAAUGAAGAUUACGACUUCACGCCUCCUGUGUCAAGGAAUGGUGACUAUCCAGUAACAUCCACUUCUAGAAGUAGGAGUAGGACACCCUUGCAUACAAACACUGGUCAGAGAGGCUCCUGUAUGGCGAAAACAAGACUGGGCACGCCUUGCAAACUUUCUUCUUUGCCUGGUCGCGAUUUCUGUCAUAGGCAUCAGGGUGGCGACUCAGUAAUAAUAGGUUGAAAGGAAAUUGUAGAUCGACAUAGUUUAAUUUGGUGUACUGUACAUAGUAACUUAUAUAAUAUACAAAUGUACUAUUUUGCUUUAAAAAUAGUGCGUCCCUGAGUCGGGUUAUUAGAUUCGAAGUAACUUAAAACGCAUCAUGGACAGAUUCUACCUAGUGAAAGCAUUUGAUACAUUUUCAUAUACCAUAUUUUCUGGUCUCUUUCUAGAGUAUUGGCUAAUCAUUAUUAAUAUUGUAUGCGUAAAGGAUAGCGUUGACGUUAUUUGACAAUCGCUGAUUUAUGUGUGAUAAAUGUUAGAAUAAGGUUAAUAGUAUCGACUAUGUAUGAGGUAUUGUGAUUAGCUAAAACUUUCCAUCCCUUUGUCACUACUCCACUAGAAUCUGCACCAAACACCAAUUUGGUCACAAAAUAUAAUGAGUUUUCGCAUUUAGUCAAUAAUUUUACAUAUCAUUUUAGUGGUGUCUUAAUGUAUUGCAGUGAAAUCUCAUCAAUGAUGGGUGCUCUUAAGAAAACAGUUAAAUGUAGACUUUAUGACAUUACGAUUUCCUGUGAUUCACGCGUGGAAAUGUUUGCCCAUGCAGUAUCUUUUUGAAUCUCUUUUUUUGCAUGAACUUUUAGAAUUUAAUAUCGGGAUGCAUUUGUUUAGAUUGAUUUUUUCAAUUAUUUUAGACAAGAGCACUCACUAUUCUGCAGCUAUUUUUGGUGUUAUAUAUUUCGGAUAGUUAUAAUAGCAAUUGACUUAGUUUAUAGUUGACAUUUAUAUAGGAUUUAGAUAAUACAAAUGAAAUAUAGUUUGCCAAAGAUUGUAUUUUCAAAUAUAUUUUGAUCAAUUUUUAUUCAAUCUGAUAUUUAAAUCCGUAAUUUUUACUUUGGGUAAAAUCCUAAAAUUUUAUAUAUUGAUAUGAAUUGUACUAUAUAAGCAUUUUAUACGCAGCAAGGUAGACUCAAGAUUGGAUUAAACAGAUGACUUGACGGACUGGUUUUGCGUGAUUUUAUUACUUUUUAAACUAACUAGUCUGCUACUUUGUUGUCAUAUUACACAAUGUAUUCAGCCAGCAGCUCAAGUUUAUGGCGUCGCAGUCACUCCACUUGAAUGGAUAAUAAUAAUAGUGAGUUAAUGCAAUUUUGAUGGGGUAUUUUUAGCCAUGAUCACAAUAGUUUUUUUGUUGUUAAUUUCCUUGUGGUAUUUAGUUUUGCUGUUUCAACCUUUAUACUGCUUCACAAGUUGAAUCAUUUUCUUCUUUUAGAUAACUGAAACAGAAUUUUACUGCUACUUAACAGAUGUGUGAUCUAAAUUAUUGUAUUUAAACAUUCUUAUAUAUUCUCCAACAAUGAUAUGUUAUUUUGCAUGUCCUUCUCAGACUUAUCUUGUCCUAGUAAACGCAUUCCGCAUCUCCUCUAUUCCGUGGAGUCGACCUAACCAAUUACAGGCAAAUUCAAUCAUAUCAGGGCCACUGUUCAGUUGUUCUUUCUGCUUCAUGCCCCAUUUGGCGGCGUUCAGUUGGAGGAGAUGCGGGUUCGGAUCCCGAUGUCGCCCUUUUUCCUUCCUCUCAAGUUGUUUACUAAAAAUUCUCGCUGUUGCGGAUGCGCUCAUUCGAAAAAUCGUAUACAGGUUAUUUUGUCGUAUUAUUCCUGAUCCAAUCGCUGAGAUCAGAAGUUACUUAAUUGUUUUCUGAUGCUUAAGAAACAUGUGUGCCUAAUAAAUUAUUGAAUUCACAAUAAAUGUUCCAACUACCUCCCUUCAGCAGCAAGCAACAGGCUAGCCACGAAAUUGUACCAGACCACCUUAUCUAUUCUCUAACUGAAUCCCGAGCCACGUUUACUUUGAAACGAUACGGUGAUCCAUCUUGUCUUAUCAAAUGUGAAUUUUCUACAUGCCACUCGUGUAAGUUGUGUAAAUUCAUAUAACCAUCUUUUUUGAAUGUCGGCUCAUCAGUUCAUAAGAUUUUCUCCAGAAUCUUCCCGGUGUCUGUAACAUUGUUUGACAAAACUCAACUCUGGGGAGGAUAAUCCCGGCGUUGUAGAGAUUGUACCGCUGUACGUGGUAUGUAUGAAGCCGUUACGUGGAGCUCGUUCUUUCGCAAGAUUCGGUUGGCUGUCCUUUUGGGCACUCCCAUGCUUGCUUCUAUUUGACGUACUGAAGUACUAGGGUCUUCUUCGACUGCUUGUAGUACGACGUCUUUGUAAGGAAAGGAAAUUCUUCCUUCACCACGUGCUUUAUUUGGGAAUCGUCUCUGUCAGAGUAAAUGGUGCACUUUCACAAAAACUCGAUGAUUAUGGUGAUGAGCAGCAUUUGGGUACCUCUCACGAUAAGGCACUAUCAUUGCAUUAAGAUUUCCCAUAACGCAUGUCGGCAUAUUCCUAUAUGGUGUACACAGGCAUGGUGGCACUACACGAUCAUGAAGGCAUCACUAUCUGUCUUGCUGUCACUACAUAGAAUGAAAUUGUCACUUCAUGUAUCUAGCAUACAGAAAAAAUAUGACAUUAUCGAUGUUUUUGAUGAUGAGACAACACCUGAUGUACUAUGCCUCACGGAAACAUGGCUGACGUCUGAUGCAGUGAGUGUUGCUAAUAUUAAGGGGUAUACAAACGCAGCAACUUUCUGCAGAAGCCAAUAUAUUCACGGUGGCUGAGCUUUAUUUGUGAAGCAAGGCGUGACUAUCAACUCCCAUAUGUCAAGAAGUUUUCCGUAGAACGACACAUCGCAUGCUGUGGCACAAUAGUGACUCUGCAAACCACAAACACCAACCUAAUUGUAAUGUGAGUAUCUGGUAACAUACGAACCUUUCUCGAGAAUCUUUCGAAAAUUCUCAAUCACGUAUUAGCCACACGUGACAAGAUUAUUCAUCGGCUAUUCUCGCCCACCUAUAAACACCAUGACGCUUAAAGAUAUUUUAGAUUCGUUCCACCUUGUAAAUCACUGCAACUAACUUACACACUACGCUUUCAUCCGGAAUAACACAAUAUCCAAUACGUCAAUAGACUACAUCACGACAAAUCUCAGUCCACAAUUCAUCAUUUGUACAGUAUUUGACCCACUUAUAUCCGAUACACUGCCCAAAUGCUCUCUAUCUCCAUCACGUCAACCAGCGAAUCCACUAAAGACAAUAGCAAGAACAAUAAAAAAUGAAAACCUUGAGAACCUUAAAUCCAACCUGUCUCAAGAACAGUGGUCGAUAACUGAAGAUGAAGACACACGGCACACGGCAUUUAAAAACUUCGUCGAUACCUUCUUAUGGCAUUUUAAUACCGCGUGUCCAGAAAGAGUCGUAAUUUUUAAGCAGAACUCGCAGACUAAAGCCUGGAUGAUGGAGGAAAUAAGAUCCAGUAAAAACUUGAGGAUAUACACACGCACUGCAAAGUAACAAAGAUAACUCCGAACUAAGGCCGGCAUUACACCAUAACAGUUCUUUCACAAAGAUCUUUUAUAAAUUACUCGUACAAAAGUUAUGCAUAAAAGAAAUGUUAUGGCUGCCAAACAGCCUAUUACACUACGUAAAAUAUUUUAUAAACUAUUUUAAGAAGGUAAUGCAAAUACUGCUAUGGACGACGACGUUCAGGUUGCUGCCAUAGCAAGUUUUACUUCGGCAGCCAUUGUAGUGGCUUUAACAACGAAAAAGAAGGCUGUGGGCCAAACCGUGGAUCGCCAGCCGUGAGUUGAAGGGGAUCUACAUAACUUGGUCCAAGAACUGCCAGUGGAAAAUCAGAGAAGUUAUGUUAACUUUUUGAGAAUGAAUGAGGACACCUUCACGUUCCUAGCUCAGAAAGUGGAACCAUUAAUAUCACGGAAAGUGACACAUUUACGAAACCUCUCAGCACUGAGGAGCGGCUCAUGGUCAGGUUGCAAUUUCUAGUCACUGGAGAGAGUUACACUAGCCUCCAGUAUAUCACUCGCAUCCCCCAGUGCUCCCUUUAAGGCAUCAUCCAAUCCAUUCAAUUUCUUUUUCACGUGUGCAAUCGUGCACGUGUGUCUGUUUUCUUGCAAAACGUCAGCAAUUGCCUUAUAUGUUUCCAAACGUUUGUUCAGAUUUUUAUUGUUGUUUCAUAUUCGGAAAUUAGCAGCUUCGUAGCCGCCAGACACCAUCUGUUCUCCCCAUCUUGAUACAACUACGCAAAAUAUUUGAUCAAAUAUAGGAUGAAGAGGCUAAAUAUGAUAAAAGAACUUUUAUAAAAGUUUUAUUUUAUAAAAGUCGGCCUAUUACACUCUUCCAACUUUUUUUUAUCAAAUAUCUUUGUCAAAGAACUUUUAUAGUGUAAUGCCGGCCUUAGACAACACUACCUACAAAGAAAAAGAAAACACAGAAAACUACUAAACAACGACAUCAUGAUUAAUGAACAUCUAAUAGAAAAUGCUGAAAACUAAUCGAAGAAUUUAUGGGAAAUUGUAAACAAAGAACUAGGACGAAGCAACUGUACCAAUCAAAUGAUCUUAAAUAUAGAAUCCGUUGGAGAUCUGAGAAGCGGAGGUACAUCCGACGCAUUUAGUAGAUACUUUUCGACAGUAGCAGAGAAGAAGCUCAUGAACACUUUGGAGGACAGCCCACAACAACAAGUCUGUCAGCAACCUCACUGGGUCGGACAAUAUUCUACAGUGAAACUACCGAAGAUGAAGUG